CAUAUGAAGGCAGCAUAAAAGUAGUCUUUAAUAUUUCAGUGGUUAAAUCCAUAUAUUCAGAAGUGAUAUGAUCAGUGUGGUUGAGAGUAGAUCAAUAUUUAAUUUCUUUUUUUUUUUUACUAACAAAAUCUCUCCACUUUCAGAUGUGACAGUGAAACUAAACAGGUGCCAAGUGUGACUUUCAGAUGUGAAAGUAAAAGUGGAGAUUUAUAGUAAAAAAGGACUUAAAUUUGAUCUGUUGGUCACCAACACUUAUCAUAUCACUUUAGAAGACAUAUACUAAACCACUGGAGUCUAAUGUAUUACUUUUAUGCUGCUUUUAUCUGCUUUUUGGACCUUCAGAUUUCUGGCCACCACUCACUUGCAUUGAAAAGACCAACAUAGCUGAGCUAUUCUCCAAAAAAUCUUUGUGUUCGGCAGAAGAAAGUCAUACACAUCUGGGAUGGCAUGAGGGUUCCAUGUGGACAAGCUCUCGUCUGCUCAUGUAUAUCUCAGAAUGCCCAAGGGUACAAUGGUAGAAGACAUACCAAAAGAAGUCCUAAUUGAUUGUGCACAGCUGGUGAAAAACAACAGCAUUCAAGGUUGCAAAAUGAACAAUAUUAAUAUUGUCUACACACCGUGGAGCAAUCUAAAAAAAACUGCAGACAUGGAUGUCGGGCAGAUUGGAUUUCAUAGACAGAAGGAGGUGAAAAUUGUGGCAGUAGAGAAGAAAAUUAACGAAAUCGUAAACAGACUGGAGAAAACGAAAGAGGAACGCUAUCCUGAUCUUGCAGCUGAGAAGGAGUCUAGGGACAGAGAGGAGAGAAAUGAGAAGAAAGCUCAGAUACAAGAGCAGAAAAAGAGAGAGAAGGAUGAAAUGAAGAAGAAAAAAGACAUGGAGGAAUUAAGGAAUUAUUCAUCACUCAUGAAGAGUGACAACAUGACCACAAAUGAGGAUUGCUAUGAUUCAGAUGACUUCAUGUAAAGGAAUAGAUCUGCGAUAAAGAAGAACCAACAUCUUUCCCUACAGUAUCUUCAAUUAAUGAUCUUUGGAAUUAUCGGAAACGGUCCUUGUGCCAGUAAAGCACAAUGCCAUGACUUUCUAAAGCAGUUGGCUCCACCAUUCCUUUGAAAAUACCAAUAAAAUAAGUAAUGUAUGCUCUGUGAAUGACAAGACUAAGUGGAUGGCUUAUUUCAACAAGAAUUUGGAGAAUUUUGUAUGUUAAGUUUUGUUACUGGGCUCAGUGAAUUAAAGAUAGUUACUGUGCAGAUGUUUUACUUAUGGAUGUGUACUGUACACUAAGAACAAGACAGAAUUUGUGAUUAUGCAAUGACUCCUGCAAGGUCUAUCACUUAUUAAAUUAUUCCCUCUAUUGACAUUCUACAUUAAAUAAAUAUUUCUCAGUUCA